CCGAAGGAAAGCCGCUUAUUUCUGGACACCAUUAUCAGUGUUGGUGUGUUCGUUUGUGGUCUUGAAAAAGGAUUUUUGUCUCUUUCCCAAAGAAAAUCGACAUAAGGUGAGAACAAUCAUGCCUUUCGGUAACACUCACAACGCGUUGAAGAUGAACUACUCCGCGGAGCAGGAGUACCCCGACCUCAGCCAGCACAACAACCACAUGGCGAAGGUGCUGACUCCGGAGAUGUACGCAAACCUUCGGGACAAACAAACCCCCAGUGGAUUUACUGUGGAUGAUGUCAUUCAAACUGGGGUUGAUAACCCAGGUCAUCCCUUCAUCAUGACUGUUGGAUGCGUGGCUGGAGAUGAGGAGACAUAUGAAGUGUUCAAGGAGCUGCUCGACCCAGUCAUCGAGGACCGCCACGGAGGAUACAAGCCCACAGACACACACAAGACCGACCUGAACCCAGACAACCUGCAGGGUGGAGAUGACCUGGACCCCAACUACGUUCUGAGCUCCAGAGUGCGAACUGGCAGGAGCGUCCGCGGGUUCUGCCUGCCACCACACUGCAGCCGCGGGGAGAGGCGCGGCAUCGAGAGCCUGUCCAUUGAGUCCUUGAGCUCCCUGGAUGGAGACCUUAAAGGAAAGUACUACGCCCUGAAGAACAUGACGGAAGAGGAACAGCAACAGCUGAUCGACGAUCACUUCUUGUUCGACAAACCCGUGUCCCCGCUGCUGCUGGCCUCCGGGAUGGGACGUGACUGGCCCGAUGCCAGGGGCAUUUGGCACAAUGACACUAAAACCUUCCUUGUCUGGGUGAAUGAGGAAGACCACUUGCGUGUCAUCUCUAUGCAGAAAGGAGGGAACAUGAAGGAAGUCUUCACUCGCUUUUGCGAAGGCCUCACAAAGAUUGAGUCCUUAUUCAAGGACAAGGGCCACGAGUUCAUGUGGAACGAGCACCUGGGCUACGUGCUCACCUGCCCCUCUAACCUGGGCACCGGGCUGCGAGGCGGCGUCCACGUCAAGCUGCCCAACGUCAGCAAACACGAGAAGUUCGGCGAGAUCCUCAAGAAGCUCCGGCUCCAGAAACGCGGCACAGGUGGCGUUGACACUGCCGCAGUAGGUGGCGUGUUUGACAUUUCCAACGCUGACCGUCUCGGCUUCUCGGAGGUCGAGCUGGUGCAGAUGGUGGUGGACGGGGUCAAGCUGCUCGUCGACAUGGAGAAGCGUCUGGAGGGCGGCCAGUCGAUCGACGACAUCAUGCCCGACCAGAAGUAGACACUCUCCUGUGUGUGUGCGCGUGUCCGUCCACCCCGCCCCCCCUCCUUGUCACCAACCCACCCCACCUACUUUGAGCCGCCGCCGUCCCCCCCCCACCUCCACCUCCACCAGUGGUCUCCCCCCUUCUGUCCUUCAAAAAACCCCAAUAAUCUUAACUACAUCGAGGAAUACACUCUGCCCGAGCGAGUUAGUGGCACUAAAGUUUAGACGAGUCUUCCAUCAGUGAAUGAUGAAGGAUUUUGUAUCUCAGACAUCUUGCACUGUUUGAAGAUGGAUCUUAACACCUGAAAUAAACAUCUCUGGCCCAUGGAA